CGCGCUUCUGUCAACUUGCUGCUGGCUUUGUUUUAUCUUUACUUUUGCUCGCUCGUUAUCGAGUUAACGCAAACCAUGGCUACUACUCCAUCGCCCUACUAUGCGGUAAAGGAGAAUCUAGAUGCCAUCCUUGCUGAUCCGUCAACAGCCAUUGAUGUGCCUUCGAUAGAAAAGCUGAAGCUCGAAAUUACCCGGAAUACAGAUACGGUUGUACCAGCGUCGCUCAUAGCACAGAUCUCCCAAGUGCUUCCUGUGCUGCAGCAUGAUCCUACUCCGCUGACGUCUCUUGGGAUUAAAGCCACAGCAUUCCUCACGUUCUCCGAUCUUCAAGCUAUCGACCCGCCUGUUAAUUUACUUGCUGGCAUUCAAGCACCAUCGCCACCAAUUAAUAUGCUCGCAUUAUCCCUCCUUGAGAAAGCCAACAGCUCUCCUAGUGAUGCAGCCAUAGUAGCGGGAAAUUCAGAGUUGAUGGCAAAUUUGGUUGAGUUGUGGCUGUCUACUUCGACAACAGAGGUCGCUCAAGCUGCAUUCGACGUUUUGUGGUCGUUAUUGGAGGUGGAUCAUAUCGGGAAUGAGACUGGCGAAGGUUUUCUUCAGAGAACUGCUGGUGGGCAAGGCCUGCUUUGGAGAAGGCUAUUCAGUGAUAAGAGCAUCUAUGGUCUUUUUUUCACUAUAUGCAGUCUCUAUGAUGCUAGACAAGAAAGGACGCUAUCGAAACGAGAAAAAUCUGUUGCGCAAGGCCGGCUUCUCGAAUUCAUCGUGAAAGCCGGUACGCUCCGCUGGGAUGCCAUCUCGACUUCCCAUGCCCCUGAAAUUGAGUCCAAAUAUGGAAGCUCCAGCUUGUUACAUUUCGCCGUUUGUCAAAUGAUCGACACCAGCGAUGUCUUGAUGCAUAUGACACUCCUGAACUUUCUUCGAGAUCUAAUAGAAAUUGAAGCGCCGGGUCUAGACAUAUCCAGGCCCGCUCACCCGAUUUCUCCGUUCUCCUCUCGUGCCCUCGACUUUUUGGUGGAGCAAAAAUUACAUCAGAAAAUUCUCAAAUUCUACCUUGACCCUUCACAGGUGGACCCCAUUGACAUCACGUUCCUAGAUAGUCCGAUCACGGCUUAUGUGGCACAAUAUUCACAACUCUACCCUAAUCAUCUACUACAAAAUCCACGUGAAGUUCUUGACAGCAUAUUAUCCAGGAUUCAUCGGUCGUUCUCUAUUCCGUCCGCACAAUGGGCACAUGGACAAGUUCCGAUAGGCGAUCUGUCGAUCUUGGCCUCUUUGCCCCGAGUUAUGCUCGUUGAGGCCAGCCAGAGGUCAUUGAAUCCUCUACAAGCCAUUCCAUCUAAUCCUCCAAAUAAGGACUGCUUUAAUACAUUGACAAAAGUUUUCCAUGGGCCACUAAAGAGCUCUGCUACUGUGCUGGGUGAAGCUUCGACAGAUAUGUACAGAGAGGCAGUUUCAGCACGUACCCUUUAUUUCGCAUAUCUCAAUGAGCAUGCUAGUUUGUGGAAAGAUAUCACUGCUUCUGCAGAUAUUGUCUCUAUGAAGGAUGUGGCACUUUCCGCUAUCGCAUUGAUACGAGGAAUUGUUACCGCGAACUGGGACGUUUUAUCAGCAGAUAAGGCCCAUCAAGUUCCAGAUACGUCAGCAUUCAAGCUCCCUUCUGAAGAUGAGCUGUCCACAAAUGGCCCUGGAAAACUCCCAACUUCUGGGCCAUGGGCUAUACUGACACCUCCUGCGUUGACAACCGUUCUUCCUUACCUUUUCAAGCCACCACUUUCAUAUAGCAAUUUUGUUGCUGGCGGGGUGGGAGAUGUGGACAGUGCGGUAUGGAGAAUGGCGACGGCUAAGUAUGAUGUACUGGUAGACUUUUAUAACGCUCUUAAAAGAUCUUCUGAUCAAGUGGACGGGUUUGAAGAUAUUAUCAAGACCCUGGAGCAGCGUGUUAGAGAUGGUCCCCAAGGCCCCGUGGUACAGGUUGGUAGCCGCGUUGAGGCCUUGGACUUAUAGACAUAGCAACACACUCAAUUCGAUAGGGAGCGACGCAACCUAGUCUGUUUCACGUAAUAAUUGGAAAUGAACAUAUUUCUAUUCA